AUUGAAACAAUUUCAAGAGAAAAGUUGGAAAUUCUUUAUUAUGAAGUAAUGUCUACUAUUGAAAGAGUUUUCAGUUUUGGAAGUUCAGCAUCCAAUAUGGUUUCACUAGGAUGCAUUCCACACAUUGUACAUUUAUUGAAAACUUGCGAUUGUUUGGAUUUGAAAGAACAAUGUAAUUACGUACUUGGGGAUAUUGCUGAAGAAUUGGUUUCGUUUAGAGACUUGAUUUUGGAUGAGGACGUGCUACCAACAAUACUGAAACAGUUAGAACAGAAUUCCAAUUCUAUUACUUUUAUGAGAUCUGUCUCCUCAUGUCUUUUGAAUUUAACAAAAGGUAAACCAUGUGUUUCAUUGAAUCAUGCUAAAAUGGUCAUGUCAGCACUUCACAUAUUGCUGUUUGCUGAUGAUGAUCAAAUUCUUUGUGAUGCUUGUUGGGCUCUUGAAAAAAUUAUGUUUUUUCAAGAUGAGGGCAUUUCAUUAUUUAUUGAAAGUGGUUUUAUAACAAGAAUAAUCCCUUUUCUCAGAUCAAAAAGCAAUUCCAUUGUAACCCCUGUACUUCGUAUUUUUGCAAUCAUAUCUAGUGGGAAUGAUAUGGAGACAGAGUAUAUGUUGAAUGCUGGAUUACUACGAGAAAUGCCAACACUGAUCAAUAGCCCAAGAAUAUCAAUAAGAAAAGAUGCUCUUUUAACUAUUGCUAAUAUACUGGGAGGCGAUACUCAAAUUAAACAUGUGAUAGACGCUGGUUUGGUUCCUCUCAUCAUUGAUUCUGCCAAAAGUAACGAAAUUCAAAUCAAAUCAGAAGCUUUUAUAUCCAUUAUGAACAUUUGCUACUGCAAUGACGAAGAAUCCGUCAAAUAUUUAAUAGGACAAGGUGCAAUA